AUGUCUCAGGAACAGUACGAUGGCUCACCGAUCGAGAGCUGGCAAGACUUUGUGUCGUGGGACGAUGAAAUGAGCGAUGCAUUCUUCCAUGUCCCGACGGGCUACACAGAAGAAGCACAGGGCGGUGGCAGCUUCAGCACCGGCUCCCAGCUUUCGGGAAGCUUUACAUCUGAAGUGCCGUAUUUAGUGUCGACGGCUCCGUCCGUGGCGGAUUUCCCGGCUUCGCUCGAGUACACGGCGGCGUGUGGCUCGCCGUCCCUGGCAGAUGAGCAGUCGUGUCUCGGGUAUGCAUAUAGUAGCUCGCCCUUGGCGUCGGCCACACGUCCACUCGCCAUUCCUCAGGGGAACCAGUACCAUGGGCCUUUUGGUGCGUGCGACAAUGCACUUCUGUCUCCACUGGGCCACAUGACGGAAUCCCCGAUUCUAGAUACACGCUACGACCGCAUUCCGCAGGCCAUUGCCUCGUCCAGCGGCUCUCUCGAAAGCACGCUCGAGACCGUCUUCAAUCCCCAUGUCACGGGCUCGUCGCACUUCUUCAGCGACCUGGAUAUGAGGGCCUCGCGCGCCUUGACUUGGGGCGCUUGGUCCGACAGGCCGCGCAUCAUCGAGCCCAUUGCCGAGGACGAGGGAGGAGGCAGGACUGAGGCCAUGCCGAUACCCAUCCCGCAGGCAUUCGCGCAGAGCUACAAUUCCAUGGCUCUGUCUCAUCCGCGAUCAGACGGCAGUCUGGAGCUGCACACGCGUAGCAGGGCCAUUGCGAUUCCAGAAGCCGCUCGCAGACCGGCAAGUUACCACCAUUGGGCGGAUCACUCAGCAUCCACGCGGAGGGUGCCGCCCAUGGUGUCGCUGUCGCCCGUGGCCUCGCGCCAUCAUCAUCAUCAUCAUCGCACGGCUGCCUUGUCUCGGAGCGCCUCGCACUCUCGACGCAAGAGCUUGACGCCAUCGCCGACGCCCGACUCGUAUGGCUGGGUAGCUUACCAUCCGAAUCCCGUCACGAAUAAGCUGGCGCCCACGAGCUCCGACGGCAUGGCUGGAAGAGCGCCAAAGGGACGGAAGAGGGCGCUGACUCCCGAGCAGCGGCGCCAUGCAGCCAUGAUGCGGAUCGUGCGGGCGUGCUCCAACUGCCAACGGCGCAAGGAAAAAUGCGAUCCGGGCAUGCCGUGCAAGGCCUGUGUCGAGCACUACAAGGGCGACUUGGUCAAGCACCCCUGCCGCGAUCGCACCCUUGGCGACUUGUCGACGGCGUUUCUUUCACCCCGGCUGGGCUGGCACCCUACGACUCGAAGCCUACAGUCCUUCAUGCCCACCAGUCAUUUUGAAAUCAUUACAGAUAUUGUCUACACGGUUCCGCUCCACUUUGGCUUUGGCCCCGCAUUCCCCGUGGCGGUGAAUGUGGUGCAGCUGGAUGACAACCCACUAGUCCACAACCACAUUGUCUAUUCGUGGCCACCUGAGCCCUUCUCUGGGCCCCCGCACAAGCAUGCUGUGCUUCCGGCUGUCCUGUCUGCAGAGGCUCAAGCCAAUCUCCUGACGACGCUGGACUCCCACUUGUCGUUGCUCGUCACGCAGCACUUCCAUGCCUUUCCUUUGUACCGCUCCCCCUUGCGCAUCCUCCGCGAAGUAUAUAUCCUGUCGCGCUCUCUCCCAGCAACUAGUGCACACUCCCGCGUACUGCACGAGGCACUCAAGCUCCUCGUCCUGGUGCACGUCGGCGGCGACAUCACGCUGCCACCGCGGUCAGAGAGUCGAGUGCUGGAUAAGCUCGUAUGCAGCACCAUGGACAUUGCCCAUGACCUCACGCCAACGCCGUGUUUCAUCCGCUCACAGUUUGGGGCAAUCAUGCCGGAUCUCGCUCACCGCCUCAUGAAGAGCGUGCUGUCGUCGCUGGAGCUGCUGCUGCUGAACAAGGACUGCGAUGAAUGGCCCCUUGCACUAGCCGUCCUCAUCACCGUCCUCAUGACAGUCGAGUCUGUGCACUACCACGCGGCGAAACUGCCGUACCACAACCUGUACGGCACGACCAAUGCCUCGAGCGCGGAAGAAGACCUAAAGUUCAAUGAGCAGGGUGUCAAGGAGCUCCUGGGCUUCUAUAGCGCGUGCUUCUCGGGCUGUCACGCGCGCCUUGGAGCCGACUGGGAAGGCGAAACGAUGCAAGCCCAGCAUGCGGGAAGCCCGGCAGACACCUUCAUCCGAGGCGUUCAGAAGGCCAUCAGACUGGCCAAUGAUGCUGGCUAUCUCACACAGAAGGUUCGCGCGACGCGGCAACAUGACGACAUGAGUUACUUUUUCGACAGGCUGGUUGCACGCCUGUUGAAACUGUGA